AUGUAUGUAGGGACGGCCUUCGGUUCGGCCAAGCUCUUACUGCGAGUCAUGGGUCUCCUCCAAUUACUCGGCCUCCGCCGUCCAAACCAAUGGGAACCCCCGACCCUACUGGACAGCCUCUUCGUCUCACCGCUCAACCUGGUCGCCACGCUGAUCUACCACGUCGUAUUAUUCCUCCGCACGCUGAGCCUCAGCCCGGCAUCGUCCGUGCUGCGUCCGCCUCAGGGCAGGCACCCCAUACGCGUGGUGUGCAUCUCGGACACACACGAGCAGACGGUCGACGUCCCGAGCGGCGACGUGCUCAUCCACGCCGGCGACCUGACGGACAGCGGGCUGGCGCGCGACAUCCAGACCCAGGUCGACUGGCUCAAGGCCCAGCCUCACCAGGUCAAGGUCGUCGUAGCCGGCAACCACGACUCGUGGUUUGACAGGACAGCCCGCUUCGCCUCGGACGCCGAGACAGAGGUCAACCUCGAGGGGCUGAUAUAUCUCGAGGGCGAGCAGUCCGUCCACGAGAUCCACGGCCGUCGCCUGUCCAUCUUCGGCGCCCCCGACAUCCCCAAGUGUGGCCCUAGCAGCUUUGCCUUCCAGUAUCCUCCGGAGAAGCAUCCCUGGCUCAGCAAAGUCCCGCCCCAGACAGACAUCCUCAUCACCCACACCCCCCCGAAGCAUCAUCGCGACAUCGGCCUCGGCUGUCCCGGCCUCCUCCGUGAACUGUGGCGAGUCCAACCCCGCCUCCACGUGUUCGGUCAUGUCCACUCUGGAGCGGGAUGCGAGCCCGUCUAUUUUGACGAUUUUCAGGCCGCCUACGAGCGCGUUCUUAGCCGCCCCUUGCCCGUCGGUCCCAUACGUGAAGUCGUAAUCCCAAACGCCAAGUGGCUAGAUGUGGCGGCCUUGGUGUAUCUAGGCGUGGAGAGCGUGUUGUGGAAGUGGCUGAUGGCUGGUCCCGGGCCGGAUGACAGGGGUCGCCUCAUGGUGAAUGCUGCGCAGAUGUACAGGAACACCGGCAAGGUCAAGAGCCGUGCUACGGUGGUUGAUAUGUAA